ACUUUUUUGAGUACACAGAAAUCGAAAUGAAGUGAAAAAGAGGAUAUAAUAUAUUUCACAGUUGUUUUAUAUAUUCAGGAGUUGUAGUAUUUAUUCUUUGUUGUAUAUUGGCAAGUGACAGAGCUUGACGUUCAUCAAUGGCAAACUUUUGCACUCAAGCCAAUGCUUUGUUCCGCAAGAACCUUACUUACCAUAAACGGCACUCAAGAUCACACUUGAAGGUCAUUUUGUUCCCAGCUAUCCUCUUUGUGUUACUUGGUGGUAUGCAAACCUACUUCAACAAGCAGGAAAGAGAUUAUUUUGAGGCCGAUAAUCCAAAUGGAUAUCCUCCCUUGUUGCAAAUCCCUUCUCCCAAAUUCCGUGCUGUCGCCACGGAUUCUAUCCAAUCUCCAGGCUUGCCUGAUGCGUCAUGCAGGUGUGGCUGGAAAGAUGUUCACAGAUACUCCUGAUCCAAAAUCAACUUCUGAUGUAGAUACUAUUGCAAAUGGCAAUUUUGGAAGAAAUGAUGGCCUGUCUAGUCCUCUCAUUCAUGUUCGGUCUCGAUGCUCCAAAAACUCUUCAUCAGAAGUAGCGGAAUCCGAUGUGAUAUGCGUCGAAGGUUUAAAUUUGUGGCGUAAUAGCUCUUUAGAUAUUAACACUGAGCUAUUCAAAGGAUUCAGAGAAGGAAAUACAGGUGGAAAAAUUAAUGCAUUUUUGGCAGCUUACGAUUUCUUGGAUACAAGUGGAGAGCAGUUCAAGGUCAUCAUACAAUACAAUUCUACUAAUGCGCCCACUCGGCGAGAUCAUGAUCCUCUAUUGUUAAAAAUAUCACGUGCUGAGAAUGUGGCAUCAAAUGGCUAUAUCCGAUUUUUACGUGGUCCUGCCAUUAGGAUGAAUCUUGAGUAUGUAGCUGAGAUGCCAAUUUCCGCUGGAACGAAAAGCGGCUCGCCGGAAACGAACUGCAACAGAGCUCGCUUCUCUAAGAUCCAACGCCACCCAGAGCUCGCCGGAAACGAACUGCAACAGCCCCAUUUCCCAGCGACCAUCCUUCAUCGACACCAACAGCCGCUCAACCUUCAACCAUCUCUAUCCUGGGCGAUUCUCGAUACCACUGACGCCCACCGGAGUGUGGCUGGAAAUUUUCAGAUCCGGCAGUGAAGUGUUAAACG